CUUUGUUCACUAUUGUCAAAAAUUUCAAUUUAGGUCAAUAUAUUUUAAAUACUUUUCCAAUCGCAAAUUUAUAUUUAUACAACGCGAAACUGAAUCAUGGGAUCCCGCGUAUACCAUUUUCGAUUUAAAACAGGAAAUAAUGGAGACACAGGUUGAAGCGAUAAGUUCAGACCUGAAGCAGAUUCAGACGACCAGCAAGUUUGUGCUAAAGAGACUCAACCAGCUGCGAGACUCCGGCCAUGGAUGUAACUGCAAAGAAAAACUUCAAGAAGCACAGACUGAAAUCAGAACCGUAUCAACACGAGUAGACGAACUCCAGAGUCACCAUACCAGUCUCGUAGACACCCAGAAUGACCUUCAAAAACAGAUCAACGAGAUGAGAGCCCGGAUGGAGGAGAUGCAGCAAACAUUGCUUGCCGUACAGACGGACGAUUCCAAACUUCAGAAGAAGUCAGGACAGACGGACAAUAGAACGGACACUGUAUCGGAAAAGCAUGUUACAAGCGCCUUUACAUGCGCCGCCGAACAUUCGGAGCCAUUACACAUGGAGGUUGAAAACUCCGAAAAAAGCCCUAAGACAGAACUGAAUAUAAAGACAGUGAAAAUAAACACUAAAACCAAAACUGACUCUGCAACAGCACAAACUUCGGGGGCUACUUGGAAGAAAGAAACGAAGUCAGCUGAAAACCCUGUUUUGAAACACAAACACACACAAUCUGCUAGGCUAAGUACUGGUGACAAAAUGGUCAGUCGCCCAAAUUUCCCCUCGAAACCAGUCCCGUCAGCAAAGGAGACCACUGAGGAUACAAAACAGGGAGCGGAAGGAUUGCAAGUGGAGGUAGUCCGUCAGACUCGGAAGGAUUUCAUGCUUUUGGGAGAGCAGGGUUGGAGAUCCGUUACACAGACAGCAUUGGAUGAAGCGCAGUCGACGAUGAAAGAUCUGGAGGGUGUGAACGCCGUCAUCUGCCUCGACAUAUCUGAGAGCAUGGCCACCGGAAACGCCUGGGCGCAGGCACGAACAUUCGUCUGCGACUACCUAGCAGGACUGGCGGAGUGCAGACGGGAGUACGCGUCACGUGGACUAGAGGUUCAGAACGUUGCCCUGGUAACCUUCGGCCACGAGACCAGGAUUCAGACUCUCUUCACCAGCGAGUACAACAACGUCAGAAAUAUCCUUGAUAACCUGAAACUUGGCGGACCUAGCCCUCUGUUUGGCGGACUCUUGUAUGCCAUGGCAGCAGCAUGGUCACCUAGACAACAACAGAUGAUAAUAAGCGGUGUCGUAGUGAACACGAAGAUUAUUCUGGUGACGGACGGCCGGCCGACGGAGCUGUUGCUCACCGGCGGACCGGAUAUUCCACCAUACGACAUGGACACGACGAGGACAGCCAUUUUGAAUGUGAUGCAGACGUUCAGCCGGAAGGACAAUGAGAUGAUCUUUAUUCCCGUGGGAGAUUGUGACAGGGAGUUCAUUGAACUGAUGAGCACUGUGGCUGAGGGAAAAGUCAAGGACGUCAAUUAUGGUCGACGUCUCGCUCGACGUCUCCAUCUCUGUCACCUAACGCCCGUGGAUCCGCUUGGUCUGGCCUCUGGGCUGCUGUCGGAUCUGCUACCACAAGACCCCUCCCUCUCCGAGGAAGACAAGGAGGACAUAAAGGAGAUACAAGAGGACUCUAAACGUCAUUUCAUGAAGGUCAUCAGCUCUGGGAGCCUGUCUGGGUUGCAGGACAAGUAUAGGGACACAGACAGCAAAACACUUCCGGCGGUGGGGACGCGCGUGCGUCGAGGACCAGACUGGAAAUGGAAACAACAGGACAGCGAUGGACCGGGAACCGUAAUAGGACAUUCUCAUAAUGACGGGCAGGUAUGGGUUGAGUGGGACGCGGAUGAACACACGAAUGUAUAUCGCUACGGUAAUGGAGACUUUGACCUACUUAUUGUGGACGAGCCUCGCGUUCCUCCGCAUGGGAGGAAGGUCGCGGUCGGCUGCCUCGUCAAACCUGGCAAAGACGGGAGUUCAACUGGCAAAAAAUCGUGGGACAGCGGCGUUGUUGUCAAAAUGAGUCCACCUACAGCACUGGUUCGAUGGGAUGACGGUAAGAGAGGGGACUACAGCUAUGGCGAGGACGGGAAAUACGAAAUUGAAUUCUGCAAAAGCGGUAAAAGCGCGUCUGUGGGAUACAGGCUGGGCUCAACCCCUGUAGCCAGUGGUCAGGCGACCAAUUUUCCCGUCGGUGGGGACCAAACAAACUCUACCGCAACGCCGUUGAAAAAUAAGAACAAAAACAAAAAUGCCAAUGUGAACAUAUAGGUCCAUCUCAGUCGUCUUGGAUUCUUUUUUGAUAUGUGCAUCCACUUGCUUAAUCCAUACAUUAUGACAGUAUUCCGAAAAGGAUGAAAAUGAGCGGACAUCCGACAAUGUACAGAAACACUUACAUCAUAGAGUAUUUAUUGUCAUGGUGUUAGCGCAUUAAGUGCAUGCGCGCCAGCAUUUAGAAAGAAUUAUAUAUGUUCGCCUUUUUAAACAAUUAAAUUUGAAGCCGGGCUGCAUUCAACACCGUUAAUCCUAUCGAUUUCUUAAAUCAAAUGUAGAACAAUUUGUUUUUUCCGCAUUUUCGUUUUUCUUAAAUACUGGCUUCAGUUCAAUUGACACAGAUAUAAUUGCAAUACAUGACACUAAGAAAAAUGCAACUAACAACUGAAUUCCGUCCGUAAACUCUGGGUGAAUACUUAUUGUUCUAUUAACAUGGCGAAAAAGCGCCGAGGGGCGGGUCGGAAAUUCGAAAAUGCGCUACGCAGCAGGGCAAAAAUGCCACUUUGCGGGUGUUUUCUGUGAUACAUUGUCAUAUUCAAACAAAGGUUUUCUAAAUUUUUAUAUUUCAGAAGGUAUAUUUUAUUUAUGUACACGACAGUAUGUUUAAUACGUUUUCUGUCACCCAUCCUAUUUAUCCUUCCCUAUACUGAUUUCUGUGUACACCAAUGAGCGUAAUUUUGUUUCUAAAGAAUACUAAUUUUGUUUUUACUUAUAACAGGUACACUGUUCAUACCGCUAGUUUGGCCAACAUAAAAUAAUUCACUAUACAGUAUAAUGAUUUAUGAUUAAUUAUUGUUUGUUUACAAACAAACCGCCUAACGGCCUCGUCCACUGUGUUCUCGUCCAAAUAUAUCCCCGUAUUGUACAGAACAAUGUUAAGGGACUUCCACAGUGCAAAAGUUGUUUGAAUGACCAAAACAUAAAAUAUUCAAAAAUCCUUACAUUCACUAUUUUUGUUUGAUAAAAUUUCAAUAUUUUUGUCUGUGAUAGAAAGUUUCAUGCCUCUCUUCGUCUCACCAGUCAUAACAAAGACCACAAUGGUAAUAAGGGAUAUUUUUUCUUUAUUGUAGACUCCUUUGGUAUGGAUAUGUGUGGCAUGGUUUUCUUUACUCGUGUCUAUUUUUAAAUAUUUUAUGUAUGCAACCUGUUGUUGUAAUUACCAUGUGUAUGUGCAUCUUAUACUGAAAUAAAUCCAUAUAUCUAGUUAUACCA